UGCAUUUUCCAAACUUCACACAUUCAAUUCAUUUCUCACAUCCAUGGCGACCCCUUCCGUUUCUCAACUUGCUCGGAGACUAGAAGGCAAAGUAGCACUCAUAACAGGCGGAGCUAGCGGGAUAGGAGAAUGCACGGCCAAGCUCUUCGCCAAACACGGCGCAAAAGUAGUAAUCGCCGACAUUCAAGAUGAUCUCGCCAAUUCAGUCAUCGAGACCAUCGGCCCCUCCAACUCCACAUUCGUCCAUUGUGAUGUCACUGACGAGGAGCAUAUCAAGAACGCAGUGGACACCGCAAUUUCCAAGUACGGCAAGCUGGACAUCAUGUUCAACAACGCAGGUAUUGCCGACGCCGCCAAGCCCCAAAUCAUGGAUAACCAAAAGGAUGACUUCGAGCGCGUGCUGAGCAUCAACGUCGUAGGAGUCUUCCUAGGUAUGAAGCACGCAGCACGUGUGAUGGUCCCGGCGCGCACGGGCACAAUCAUCUCGACCUCGAGCGCGGCCUCAGGAUUGGCCGGCGCAGCCACACACGCCUACACGUGCUCAAAGCACGCGGUAGUGGGACUUACCAAGAACCUCGCGAUCGAGCUGGGACAGUUCGGGAUUAGGGUUAAUUGCAUAUCGCCACACGGGGUUGCCACGCCGAUGGUCACGAAAUUCUUCGGGGCCGACGAAGAAGCCGUGGAGGAGUUCAUGGGCUCGAAGGCACCUCUAAAAGGGGUGGUUUUGAAGGUUGAAGAUAUUGCUAAUGCUGCCCUAUUUUUGGCGAGUGAUGAGGCCAAAUAUGUGAGUGGACAAAACUUAUUCAUAGAUGGAGCUGUCACUAUAUGCAAUUCUGGAUUUAAAAUGUUCUGAGGUUAUAUGUAAUCCAUUUAUGUAUCAUUGUUAUGUUGGAUUUCGAAAUAAGCUUAUCUUUUAAGUAUGUAUUGGAUUAGAAGCUAGAUCGCAUCGCAGUGUUUUCU